GCCGUCCCCCACCUCCCGGAGCCGCCGCGCCAGCCCCUCGCCCAGCCAUGGGGGACCUGCCGGGCCUGGUGCGCCUCUCCAUCGCGCUGCGCAUCCAGCCCAACGACGGGCCGGUCUUCUUCAAGGUGGACGGGCAGCGCUUCGGCCAGAACCGCACCAUCAAGCUGCUCACCGGCUCCUCCUACAAGGUGGAGGUGAAGAUUAAGCCCACCACGCUGCAAGUCCAGAGCAUUUCCAUUGGUGGCACACUCGUCCCACUGGAGCUGAAGUCUAAAGAACCGGAUGGAGACAGAAUUGUCUAUACGGGCGUAUAUGACACAGAAGGUGUGGCCCCAACCAAGAGUGGAGAACGACAGCCCAUCCAGAUCACCAUGCCGUUCACGGAUAUUGGGACCUUUGAGACGGUGUGGCAAGUCAAGUUCUACAACUACCACAAGCGCGAUCACUGCCAGUGGGGAAGCCCCUUCUCUGUCAUUGAGUAUGAAUGCAAGCCCAACGAGACACGGAGUCUCAUGUGGGUGAACAAGGAGUCCUUCCUCUGAAGACGAAGGCUCUUUCUGAUGAUGCUGGACAAUCUCUUCAGAAAUCUACUUUUAGGUAAACCGGCACAAGCCUUAUCCAAGGCACACCACACCAUUGCUGUACUGAUGACCUACUAGCCCCAAUUAUUUUGAAAGUGUAAUUCCCCUCUGAUGCAAUGUCCCUGACGUAAGAGAUCAUGACCCACCAUCCCUGAAAAGAUUCCUUUCUGUAUCUUGUGCUGGUAAUCCUGCACCCAGUUGUUCUCAGUCAUGCUACUGAUCGCUUGACUGGAGCUCAGUGGAAGUGCCAGGAUGUCCUACGCUUGAUAGUUCCAUUGAAUGACUAUGAUAUUUUGUUUCCAAGUUGAGUGAUUCCCCCUUUUUUGUUAAAUGUUAAAUAAAAUAAUAAUAAUAAUGUGUAUGGGUUCUCCCAAGUGUAAUAUGGUAACACGUAACUUGCAAUGUCUUCCAACAAGGCAGGCUUUGUGAAAAUGUAACCUGAACAGCAGUGAACGGGACUUAAGUGUUGGCUUCCUAUAAACAGCUCUGCUUUUUCAGGGAGGGAUGAUGACAAAUGAAAGGACAGAUAUUUGAUAAAUAAGUAUUUAUAACUUAUUAAAACUCUUUCAAGUAACUUAAGGUAUUCUGCUUAUGUCCUAGUGGAAAUGGGAAAAAUCAUUGUUGUGGAUCACUGUUGAAUAAAGUUUACCCCUCUGGCAAGCUACCACCGUGUUCAAAUGUGCAUACUGAUGGCGUCUCCUACACUCCCCUCCCUUGAACUUUGUAAAACUGUGUAUGGAGCUGUAAUCAACUUUUGAUAUUUCUUAAUAAAGGCAUUGAACAGCAUGCCCUGAUUGGACUCUUCAUCUGGGCAGCAGAUAUCUAGCAGGUGGAUCUCAGCUCCAAGCCAGCUCCACCCAGAUCUCUUUAUCUACACUGCAGGGUGAGGGAGAUGUAUUUGAGGUAGUAUUAGCACACCUCUUCAUAAAUCUACCACCUGCCUGACAGUUUGUCAUGCUAUGGUGGCUUGAGUGUUGUUACAAUGCUGGAAGCUAUGCCACUGUCGCCCAUGUUAGACAGGUUACAGUGGUGCUUCCAGACUAAGCGAUACUAGGAAGAAAG